CUUAAUUAAUUCGUUGCAAAGAUACAAAUAUCACACGAUAACGCUUUAUACAAAGAACUAAUGGCAAAAAUAUCAACAACGACGACCACCAACUUGGUCAUCAUAUCAUUUGUGUUGAUGAUCACCAUCGCCUUCUUCCUACCUACUUCAACAUCUGCUCAAUCUCGUGCUAAACCUCAUCAUCGCCGUCACAGUGCAAAUAAUAAUAAGCGGAUCUAUCAUCGGGGAGGUGAAGUUACCGGAAUCCUGGCCGCCGGCGCCGGUAAGGUUGGAGGUAGGGCUGAUGGUGGUAAGAUCACCGUGACGAACAAGGCAAAGAACAGGCUCGACAAUGGAGCCAACGUUAAGAGCGGCGCCGGUGGAAGUAAUGGUGCAAGGAUUCGUGCCACCCUUGGUGAUCUGUUGAGAGCACACAAUAAUAAUAAGAAUAAUGGCCAGCGUGGCCGCAGAGCAAUGGGUUAUUAUGGCGACGAGAAAUUAGCGUCGCGCGCCGGAGGCCUCUCUAGCGUCGGUGGUGGGCGCCGCUGCGAUGAAACUGUUGCUCUGAAUAGUGGCGGCGGCGGCGGUGGAGACGGAAGGAAAAAUUGAAUGCAUCAAUUAAACUACCACGUUCUGGUGAUGAAGUCUUCGAUUGUCUAUUGCAACCGAUGUAAUAAUUAAUGUGUCAUGUU